ACAAGAUCUUUAAUGGGAUGUUGGCACUCUCGGAUACCCUACGAUGAUUCAGCUGAGAAAACGACGUGCCAAUUGAGAUUUGUCAGUGGCUGUUUGCCCCUACAGUUCUAGAACCUCCACAUCGUCAAGCGAAUCCCUCAAUAGCUCCACGCGUUCAGAAGCCACUUCCCCCCCAAACUAACUGCAUCCGUAGCAUGGCGUCCUAGCGUCUGAUCGCUUUCCCUACGGGGUAUUUCAACACCUUGCCCCCGUCCAACCUUUACCCUUCCUGCAGCCAAGCUUUGUCUUUCACAGCCCUACGAACCCGACACUGUGGUUUUGGUUCCGAUCUAGCCUGUUUUCUAUUCCUGUUUAUUAAUAUUUUAUAUACUCUGUUUCAUUUGUUACGCGUCUCCACAUGACUCGACACGGAAGACGUAUAAAACGGUGCGGCACUUGUGUUGAGCGCAAGGUUAAAUGCGAUGAGCAGCAACCCUAUUGCCAACGAUGCAAAAAUGCAGGUCUUACCUGUUCGGGGUAUCAUAGUCAACUAAAGUUUGUCGACGAGGGGGCUCGGUUCGCUUCGACUACUGCUUGUCCUUCUCAGCCUGUUUCGAAAUCUGCGAUAUCACAACGCAGUCGUCUCGCCAAUGGCAUAGCUUCAACAAAAUGCCCAAGGAAUCCCAAGCCUCAAAUAGUCAGCCUAGUACCGCAGAAGAAUACUCUGUUCUUCCCCUACACUUUGUCAAAGCUAUCACCAGAAGACUUGCGCUGCGGGCCAGGACUGGGUCCAGGAAUACUUUCAGAACUACUGACGGGCCAGCACUCGGAACUACAUCAAUCAUGCGUACAGGCAUUGGCCGCGAUGUACUUUGGAAGAACGAACCGGGAUAGAAAUGCCUGUGAACAAGGGCUACGGCUGUACUCUCAUGCACUGACUCAGCUCCGGACGGACAUCAGCAACUCAAAUACCGAAAUGGGCACCCUAAUGAGUAUCAUGUGUCUUUGUGUGUACGAAAACGUCGUGUUUUCUCAACCGACUGCUUGGCUCCUUCAUUAUGAUGGUCUAGGGAGAUUGAUGCAAGCGCGAGGCCCAAAACCGUGGAGAACGCCAGCAGAAAGGCAAAUACUACAAGCGGCACGGUACUACAUUACUCUCUCCGCCGGUCAUCAACGCCGCCAUUGUUUCCUCGACCAGCCGCAAUGGGAGAGCACAAGAUGCCUCCCGGAAGGUGAAACUCCAGAUAAGAUCGAUAUCCUGUACGACAUCUUCGCUCAGCCGCCUGGGAUCAUUGCGGAUUACGACAAUAUACGGAAGGCGAGUGUGACGGACCCUGUUGCAGUUGAAGUUCUGCGGAACAGGACACAAUCGCUCAUCGACAAACUGCAUGAAUGGUACCGCGACAUGCCAUGGGUAUGUACCACUGAUCCAACCAUGAGAGAGCACAGUGGCAUCCCCCUUCCGGAUGACCCCAUGGAAUGUGUCGCUCUCGCAAUCAGCUACGCCAUGCUUUUAUGUCUUGUCCAGCCUUGCGAAUACCUGGGCAUCUCACUCUUUCCGGAGAGCAGUAUGGAGGCGACAAGCAAUAUCGAUCAAAACUCGAAAAACAAGUUCUUGGCCCUGGAGAUUUGUCGCUUCGCAAACUGGGCACUUCGUGGUCAAGCUUCGGCGAGCUACGCCUUGCUGUUAGUGUAUCCACUUCAAAUAGCAUGGUUCUGCGUGCAGAAUAGUGAGGAGGACCUCCGUAAUGUUAGAGUCAUAAUGAACUCGGUUGUUGCGGAUUCGUAUGGCUUUGAGUUGGGGAGGAUGAGGCAUUGGGAUGAGACUAGUCUGGAUCAAGGCCGGUAUGGCUUUUUGUAUUAAUGAUAAUCGUAUCGAUGGCGGGAUGAGAAAAAUACUACAUGAAACAUCCCGAUGAUGAUAAAAGCGAGCGUUGUUGCGCAUUGUACCGUUGAGCUGACAUGGUGCUUGGUAAUUAUCCGCUGGCCUGGCUCUGGGGUUGCGUCG